CGAAAGGGUAGGUGGUGAGCUGGUAGGAAAAGGAUGCCAAGAGGAGAAGAAAAAAAGCCAUUUUUGUUGACUAGAGACAGCCGAUAAACUAUGCAAAUUUGCCACACGCCAAAUCGAACACAGUAACACACUAGCCACCACGAGUCACGACAAUGCCGGAGAGCAGUAGAGCAACGACGACCCAUCGGCGACUUCUGCUGCUCUGUUUUCUUUCUUCUUCUGCGCUCUGCUUUGUUCUCUCUGAACCAGUCGAAGCAGAAGAAGAAAUCGUCAGCAGGUCUCAUUUCCCAGAUGGGUUUCUCUUUGGCACCACUACUUCUGCUUACCAGAUUGAGGGAGCUUAUCUUGAUGAUGGAAAGGGUCUCAGCAACUGGGAUGUCUUUUGUCACGUUCCGGGCAACAUUAAGGAGAAUGGCAACGGGGACACUGCUGACAAUCACUACAAUCUUUUCUUGGAAGAUAUUGAAUUGAUGCAUUCCCUUGGUGUGACUGCAUAUAGAUUGUCAAUCUCAUGGACCAGAAUUCUACCCAGAGGGAGAUAUGGUGAAGUAAAUCCAAUGGGGAUCAUGUUCUACAACCGUAUUCUAGACCAUCUUGUACUCAAGGGGAUUGAGCCAUUUGUGACAAUACACCACCAUGACAUCCCACAGGAACUUGCGGACAGAUAUGGGGGAUGGCUCAGUCCUCUAAUGCAGUAAUUGAAUUGCAGUCCUUUCCUUUCCUUGCUUGUAGUUCUAUCAGGGUUAUUUUUUGUGUUGAUUCAUUCCCAGUGUAACAUUUCCUGGUUUGGUUUGCCUGUUUUCUGAAGCACACACUUAGUUUAAGUUUCUGUUCAUGUUUCUUUGCUUACUAUCCUGCAGGGAAGACUUUGUGCAUUUUGCCAGAAUUUGCUUCGAGAGUUUUGGGCAUAAGGUGAAGCAUUGGGCGACCAUCAACGAGGCAAACCUGUUUGUGGACAUGGCCUAUAUUAGGGGAUGGUACCCACCAUCUCAUUGUUCUCCUCCAUUUGGAAAAUGCUCGGCUGGAAAUUCCGACGUAGAGCCUCUAAUUGCUCUGCAUAACAUGAUAUUGGCCCAUGGCAAAGCAGUUAAGAUCUAUCGCCAAGAGUUUCAGGGAAAGCAAGGUGGUUCCAUUGGGAUAGUUCUGCAUGCAAUGUGGUAUGAGCCACUAAGAGCCAAUAAUGAGUUAGAUCAGCAAGCUGUGACUCGGGGGUUAGCCUUCGGUGUGGGUUGGUUAUUAGAUCCCUUGGUAUAUGGAGAUUAUCCUUCCGAAAUGCGCCUGUUCCUUGGAGAUGCACUGCCAAGGUUCACAGUUGAUGAAAUGGACUAUCUUAAAGGAAGCAUAGAUUACAUUGGUAUCAACCAUUAUUUAACACUGUAUGCAAAAGACUGCCUCCAUUCUUCCUGCGCUCCAGGGGGAUCGGAUCAUGCUAUCCGAGGCUAUGUUUACACCACAGGAGACCGUGAUGGGGUCCCGAUAGGUCAACCGACAGGGAAUGCAAGGUUCUUUGUGGUUCCAGGAGGGCUUAAGAACAUUGUUAACUACAUGAAACAAAGAUACAAUAACAUGCCAAUGUAUGUUACUGAAAAUGGAUAUGCGCCGCCACCAGGUGAAGAAGUGCAACUGAAUCAAAUACUGCAUGAUGUCAAAAGAAUCGACUACCACAAGUCCUACCUUGCUGCUGUUGCCAGCUCCAUAAGGGAUGGAGCUGAUGUUAGAGGAUACUUCGCGUGGAGUUUGAUGGACAACUUUGAGUGGAUUGAUGGGUAUACUGUGCGAUACGGAUUGUAUUAUGUCGAUCGAACGACACUUAAACGUAUCCCCAAGAUAUCUGCACUCUGGUACAGAGAUUUCCUCGCAAAUUCUUCUGGCAAUGGUCUUGACUUAACACAAUACCACGGGAGACUGGAGCAGGAUUUAAGAGUUGCUGGACUGGAAGAUCUGUAAACUGUUAAAACAGUACUUAUUGGAAGAUGAUACAUAAGCCUUGUAAUUAGUUUGUAUCUACGCCCGCAGGCAACUGUGAAAUUUAAACCACUGCUGUAUACAAAAUCACAAGCACUUGUUCUUUCUUCCAGUGUUCUUGUUUAUUUGUAUCGGUUCGCAAAAUGUUCUUAUGGCAAUUUUAUUAUACAUUAUCAUGAUUUUAUUACAAUAGUUAACCG